AUGUCUAAUUCAAGGCCACUGAGCGUUUUGCUACCACCCCCAAAACAUGCUAUAAAUGCUUCAGCUCAACACAAAAGUGGGUUAAAGGAACUUGUUGGCCUCUUAAGCGAAGCAGGCAACCCGAGAGAAACUCUAUAUUCUGUAGAAAGUUUUCAGGAGAACAGCGUUACUCUCGAAAGCUUCCUGCCGCUGCGCCAUAAAUACCCUGAUCUUAAAAUCCCACAAAUAUCACAAAGUGAUAUCCAAAACACUUAUGAACGCACUAAGGCUGUUUUUGACAAGAUCCUGUCUCAAAAGCUUCAACCUCAAGGGACAGGAGCGGUUGGGACCGCAAACAAAGGCUCUGCCAAGACAAUUGAAUACAAACUACCGGACCAGAAUUCAGAGGUCAGGAAAUUAAAAAUUGUUGAUCAGCAAGUUGAUCCACUCCAACCAAAGCUGUUUAAAACUAAAAAAGUUGUCGCACCAUCAACGGAUGAACCCUUCGCACCGGUCUUGCACAAAUCGGACGACAUCACCCCGCAAUCAACAAAAGAAGAACGGGACAAAUGGAAUAUCCCCUCCGCUAUAUCAAGCUGGAAGAAUCCAAACGGUUACACUAUCAACCUUGACCGGAGGAUUGCUUCGGAUGGCCGCUACUCAAAGGAAAGCCUUGGACCCCAUGAAAUUAGCGAGGGCCACAUGAAGCUCUCAGAAGCAUUAGACGCAGCCGAAAGAAAAGCUCGCGAAGAGGUUAGUUUAAGAGCAGACGCUAAACGAAUGCUAGCUGAACAAGACGUUAGAGAGAAAGAAGAGAAGCUGAGAAUGAUAGCUUUGAAGGCUCGUGAAGAUCGCAAAAAAAAUACUGAACCUUACAGUGGCCCCCGCGCUUUGGAUUCGGCAACUAGGCAGCGGCAGGAGGACCAAAGAGAGAGGUUAAACAAGAUAAGAAGAGAAUUACAGCGAUCUAAAAUGAGCACCGCAGAGCGCCUCAGAGCCUUAGCGACUGGCGAGGGCAGAGAAGUCUCUGAAAAGGUAAUUCUGGGGGCCGCUGCCGCGAGUGACACUGCUGACAUCCAGUACGACUCUAGACUAUUCACUAAAGCGGCUAAGGCACGAGGCCAAUCAGGAGGAGAUCAAGUUUACGAUAAUCCCUUAUUUGUUCAAGAAGGAAUCAAUACGAUGUACCGUCCUAAUUUCUCGGCUGCAGUAGACAUACAGGCCCGAGAUGCCGCCGACACAUUAGAGUCCAAGGUGCAAUUCGAAUUGGCUAGUGGUAAAAGAGGUCGCGAAGGCCCUGUCGAAUUCUCGGCUGCUGAAAAUACUGAAAAGUCCGAGGAAGGUGAAAGCAGCGUGAAAAGGCAUCGCGGAGGCUAA